GGUUCCGCUCCGUCGAUGGAAUCGAGGGACUAAGCGGGCGUUGAGGAGAGCGGAUGGAAGCGAAGGACCGGAAGUGGCGGGGCAGCAGGGACCGAGGAGGAGGAGGAGGAGCCGAAGCGACGGCGGCCAGCGACCGAAAAGGAUGAACAACAAAUUCGACGCUUUGAAGGAUGAUGACAGUGGAGAUCAUGACCAGAAUGAAGAGAACAGCACACAGAAAGAUGGUGAGAAGGAAAAAAACGAUAGAGACAAAUCCCAGAGUAGCGUCAAGAGGAAGGCUGUGGUUCCAGGGCCAGCUGAACAUCCCCUGCAAUAUAAUUAUACCUUUUGGUACUCCAGACGGACGCCUGGGAGACCCACCAGCUCUCAAAGUUAUGAACAGAACAUCAAACAAAUUGGAACCUUCGCCUCAGUGGAGCAGUUCUGGAGGUUUUACAGCCACAUGGUCCGUCCUGGGGACCUGACAGGCCACAGUGACUUUCAUCUUUUCAAAGAAGGAAUUAAGCCCAUGUGGGAAGAUGAUGCCAACAAGAAUGGGGGCAAGUGGAUUAUCCGCCUUCGAAAGGGCUUAGCAUCUCGAUGCUGGGAGAACCUGAUCCUUGCAAUGCUGGGAGAACAAUUCAUGGUCGGGGAAGAAAUUUGUGGGGCAGUUGUAUCCGUUCGUUUCCAGGAGGAUAUCAUCUCCAUAUGGAACAAGACAGCCAGUGACCAAGCAACGACUGCCCGGAUAAGGGACACAUUACGACGAGUGCUCAACCUGCCUCCCAACACUAUUAUGGAGUACAAAACGCACACAGACAGCAUCAAGGCCUGGGAGGAGUUUCAUGGCCUGGUGAACAGCGGCGGUCGCUGAGUGAACGCUGUCCCUCCCUCUCUCACACACCCAGGGGAUAAUUCCAGCUUCCGAAAUACCAAGAUCACACUAUGAGGAGGAGGGGGAGGGGGGUACAAAACACAGCUCCUUCUCCUCUUCCUCCAUCUGGCUCUGAGAAGGCAGUGGGGAAGGCUCUCCUUGUAACUCCCUACCGUUUGUCCUGGCUGGAAAAGAUGUGCAGGAUUGCCUGAGCUCUUGCUCCCCUUCCCUGAGGAUUUUUUGUUUGUUUGUUUGUUUAAAUAUCUACAUCAAAGACUGACUUUUGGGGACCCAAACCUUUUUGCUGGCAGAGCAGGUGGCGGUGCUUUGCUUUCUUCAGUGGAGCUUGUGCCUCCCUCCUUGGCUUCUGCUCAAGACUGGGGGUCAGUGGGGUAUCCUCUGGCCAUGGGUCGCUCUCUGUCCAGGGUUUUUCCAGUAUUACCAGCAUCUCUGCUGCAGAGGCAGAGACAGUUGGAUGGUUGGCAUGUGCCCUCUCCUUUUCACUUCUGCCAAUAAAUGAAUAUAGGCCUCUGUUCUUUC